AUUUAUUUAACAUGUUUGAUAUUAUUUGCAACGAUGAUGUUAAUAAUGGCAAGCCUGAAUCCGAUAUAUUCAUAAAGGCUUGUGAAAUAUUAGAGAACUCUCCUCCCAAAGAAUGCUUGCAUAUAGAAGUUGAUGAUGUUGUUCUAUCACCUUUGGGUUUUAAGCCAGAAAAAUUCAAAUUACCACCUUUUGACACAAAUCUGGCUUGGCUAAUUAUCUAA